AUUGCAGUUUAUGGGCUUAAGCAGAUCGCUACCCCAUUAAGCAGAGUUUUAAAUACUUUUGCCCAAAACAAUCGGGUAUUUAAAACGUAUCUUUGCGCCCCGGCUGGUCAACUAAUAUAUUGGGUCGAGACAAGAUCAAAAAUGCGCAUGCUAAGAUUACCGCAACCCAAACGAAUCCCUAAGGUCUCGGAAAAUAUGGCCAUAAGAUUGGGCGCAAACCUUUUAAGCGAAGUUUUUAUUGUGUUCGUAAGCGUACUACUAAUAUGCAUUGAAACUUCAUGGACGGCAAAACGCAGUCAGAUAAAGCAUGACAACCACAAAAUGAAUCAAGAACAGCUACUAAUAGUAAUAGACACAUUGAAUAAUUUGCUCGAUUGGCAGAAAAAACAAAUAGAUUCAAUACGUGAUCAAUUAAAUUACUGCGAAACAUAUAGGACAAAUAAUCAAAAACUAUGAUUUUUUGAAAAUUUAAUUCAAUAAUUUAAAACGUUAAGUCACGAAAUCUUUCGUUAUUUUAAUCGAUUAUCAUUUAUCGUCUCGCGUUAACUAGUCGGCAAGUCAAUUUUUUCGCCAGCCCUGGUUUCUAUUAGUUUUCUGCGCUGAGAUUUUGUAACAUAAAUUAACAUAAGAAAUGGUUAUUGGAGUAUUUCCAGCCGCCAAACUUGGCGUGUUGGCAAUCAAACAAAUUAGCAAGCCCAUUGCAAAUGUAUUAAAGUCCAAUGCAAAAUCAAGUCCAUUCUUCAGGAAAUAUAUAUGCAUGCCGCCAGCACAGUUUUACAAUUGGGUAGAGGUGAAGACCAAGAUGUGGGCACUGAAUCUUGGACGACCAGUCACGGUGCCACCAUUAACUGAAGCCAUGGCCAUUGAGCUGGGUGCCAAUCUGCUUGGGGAGUUUAUUAUCUUUGCCAUUGGCGCUGGUUUGCUGAUAUUUGAGUAUUCGCGGCAAACGAUAAAAGAAAACAAAAAGAAUGAAGCUUUCCAAUUGGAGAAGAUGCAGCUGACAAACACUCUGACUGAAAUGAACUUUCGUCUGGAGCGUCAGGAUGCACAAAUACGUGAAAUGACGCGCGUUCUGGCAGAUCUAGAUUCACGCAGCAUCUUCCGCUGGCAUAAGGAACCCCUGCAAGAGUAUGUGCCCUUCGAUCCAUCUACGCCAGAUCAGAGUGCUAGCGCAAGAUAUCCUAAAGCAUAUUUGGGCUCUUAUGAUCCAGAGGGCGGCAUGACAUUCCGUGCGCUCAACUAUCUGCAAACACAAAUCUUUAUCGAUGGUCGCGACCGCAAGGGAAAGCAAGCAUUGCAGCACAUGGAUGAAGUAGCAGAAAAGCUGGAAAAAUCGCUAAACGAGACGGUGGACAAUGCUGCGUUGCAAGUGAAAUCAUUGCUAUGACCAAAUCUGAAUAAGGAUCAGGACUUGGUACUACUCAUGUAUGUACAAACCCUAAUGGAGCAAUAGUUCGCACACAAUGCUGUACCAAAUGGAUAAACUACUUGAUUUAAACAAUCAAAUUGAAGUGUUAAAUCUACAUACAUUUGCACAUAUAGAUAGGUAAAAAGUCGAGUGUACAUUGUAAUUGUAUUUAUUAAUUUUAAUUGUUACUGAAGAA